UAAUUUGUGUAAUUUAGCCCUAUUUUAUUUUGUGUUUCUAUUUUCUACUUCAAAAUCGGGCUAAUUGUUUUUAUUACUCGGUCUCAUUUUUGCCAAAAAGAUUUGUCAUUAAUCCUUUUGCGUAGUUGGAGAUUGUUUAUUAAAAAUCUACAAAAAAUAUCUAUAUUUCUUUGUUCUUUUUCAUUUUUACAGAAUUGAAAAAACCAUUUUGAAACUUAACUGACAAGUGAAAGUUUGUUUGUUUGUUGAUUCUAUUUAUUGGAUCUGUUUCGAUAACCUUUUUAAUGUGUCCAUUUACAUAAAUUGACUAAAUUGACUCAGUUUCAAGCAUAAAUUUUAUCAUCGAUCUCUUAAAAUUUCAGAAAGUUAAAAGAAACCAACAAAAUUACUAUUAUUCACGGGGAAAAAACGAAACUCGACCGAUAUUUUGCUGAAUUUCUGGAGACCCAAAAGAUUAAAUUAGCCCAGUUCGAACUAUUUUUGAACUCUUUUUAUUGUUCUUUUUUGUUUUUGCGGCUUUAAGAGACAAAUUAAAUUGAAGACUACGAUUCUACUUUUAGUUAAAAUUAUUUGCCUUCUAAUGAUUCAAAUUCGUGAUAUUUGAACAGUAAUUUCGCCUCGAUGAUAUACAGAACGCUGGAUUUCCGAGGAGCAGAAAAUUCCGUUAGCUACAUUCACUAACGAUUAUAUAUCAAACGUGGUUUUUACCCGAAAAACUAGUUGAGGAAAACUAAAGCUCACAAAUGGAGACAUUAAAAAUGUUUAAUAAACAAUUUAUUCCUCAAUUCAUUUAUCUUUUUUUGACGUUAUCUUACGUCAUUGGUGCUCCAAGAGAACUGACCAAUGAGAGAAGAGCUAGCGAUAGUGACUCAUCAUUAUCGUCCGGAUGGUGUGUGUUGAGUUAUGAAGAUGUUACCAUGAAUCAAAUUGUUGCUGAUCAAAUGAAAAUUCUCCAGGACUCAUCGUCAAAUUCAUUUCUACUCCGACACUGUCCUCUAAUUCCAACUAAACUCUUCACCACUUCAACUGCAAGUCCGAGUCCUGUGAUUCUUUCCUUGGACCGCAAUUACAUCCGACUUCAACAUUCCGAAACAGUCCUGGACAUUUUGGGAUCGAGGACUGUCAAUGAUGUUUCUAAGAUGUAUGUUGUGAAUAACAGCGAUAGUUGGUUCCAGUCGCGAACACUGUAUGAUUCAACUUCAAGUGGACAACUUUUGUCAAGCCAUGAUUCGAAGAUUCUCAAGACAGCUUAUCUGGACGCAAUUGCCGCCUACUCCAACCGACAAGUGAGCAUCUUCGCAAUCCAAAAUCUUGGCCCCAAACUCGGAACUUACGAAGUGGUGAAUGGACUUCAACCACGACACGUGAACACAUUUUUUACCAAGUCGGCUCUAGAUCUUCCUGUAAUCUCAUUGGUCACGAAGAGCAACCACUUCGACAACGACAAUUUAGGACUCUGUUUUCUUAUUGGUCGAAAACUGGAAACCGAGAUCACUCGGAGUCGCGAUUUGUGGUCACGACUCCAAACCCGAUUCGACCGAAACAGCGAAAAUAAAUUGGGCUCACUGGUCAAUUGCGUGUCACGAAACUUCGCAGUUAAGGUCAUUUCAGACAUCAAACGAUACGAUUACUCGUCGCAGACUUUGGAAACUGUGUUCAAAUUUAUGAAAAAUGAAAUUCCGCCGGCAUUAGCGUUUCCUAUUAUCUCAAAUUUCCUCUGGAUGAAACGAUAUUCUUAUGAUUUUUAUCUCAAAAACGUAGCCAGAAAAGAUGUGGUUAAACAUCUAUCCCCAAGCAUGUUUCUAUACGAAUUAAAAGUUAUAAGUUAUAAGGACUUGGAAGAAAACUUAAUAACUUCAGUCAUGAAAAGUGAAGAAGUUUGCCCGAUAGUUAUUGACAUGCUGUUCAAAAAACUACACAAAGAUAGUAGUAACGAAGUUAUGCGCCCUGAUAUUUCUCAAAUAGUUCCUUAUUUAUCCGUGUUGGGAACACGCACUUUGAAUUCUAAGGAUUCGUCCUACUGGGCGAAAAUCGGCGAAGUUUUGAUAAAUAAAAAGAACCAUAAACUGGAAACAAUGCAAGAAUUUGACCUUUCGAGAUUAAUUUUUGAAAAUAUUGGCGGCCUUCUUUCAAAACAGAAAUAUUUGGAACCGAAUCAACUAAUUCCGAUUUCAAGAGGAAUACCUUUUCAUUUUUAUCAAUCCGGACUCAUUAACGAUGUCGAAUUAGAAAAUUUUCUUCGUGAAAAUUCACAAAAUUUGGGAAAAUUAUCGCCUUCAACUGAGCAUGUGUUGCUGAACCGCGGACCAAUUAAUCGCGAAAACUUGAAAUCAUUUGCUACACGACAACACUGCUACAAGUUUUCGGUUCUUAGAAAAGUGUGGUUCUCAGAAUAUCAAGAAUUUAUAGUUGGAGUUCACUCGCAAUUAUUUUUCGACAAAAUCGAGAAAAGUUUGAUUCAAAGUUGUGAAGUAACCGAUCCAAAUUUAGGUGCAUUAGAUUACGCUGUGCGACUGCGAGGCUUUAUGAAAAAUAACCCUACUUUUAAAAUAAACGCCCGUUCUGUCAACUUGCUCGAAAGUGCUCUAUCCGGAAUUUUAAUCGAAGAGAUUCUCAACCUUUCACCCUUUGAAGCUCUUGAUGUUAUAAACCUCAUAACUUCAAACUCUGAAGUUUAUAAAUCAGACGAUCAGCUUAUUCGGACACUCGCUAAUAAAGCGUUUGAUGUGGCCUCAACUUUUUCGAAAGCGCAGUUUGGCGUUAAAGGAGAUCUAACUUGGAAAAAUAUUCCUCAAAUUUAUUUAUCCUAUUUUAACUCUUUCAUGCUACGAGAGCUUCCUCUUGAUUUUUACAAAGAUGAAGUUGAAAAUGAAAUUCAACGUCAAAGGUGUGUUGAUAUUAUCAGCAAAAUUGGGUAUUCAGAAAAAUUGAAAACCCAUUUUUCGCCUUUUAAAGCUCAAAACUUCACCAAUUUUUACCUGAAUUGCGUGAACAAAACAAGGUUAAGUUCAGAAGAUUUAGUAACAAUGGGCUCACUUAUUUGCGAGUUACCGUCUCAAUUUAUAUCCCAAUUAAAACCCGAUUCGGUUAGAAGUUACGGAUACCUUUUUAAUGGCUGCUGCUUGACUAAAUCUCAAAGCUCAGCCCUUCUGAAAUUAGCACAAAAAGCGGAUCUAAGUUUCGAAGAAGCAUAUUUAUCUUUCGGAGCAGCUUUGCCGAUUAUUUACUCAGAUGCCGAGGAAUUUGAGAAAAUCAAAGUUUUUAUUGAGAAAAAUCAACAGAAAAGAAUCUAUUUUGAAAAAGUUGCAUCUUCACUUUCACAAGGCGUUGAAAUUCUUUAUGAAAACGGAAGUUUUUGUCGACGAAAACUAUCAACUCGCGAUUUCAAUUUUUACGAAAAUUCGAUGAAACUUAUAUUUAAUUCAACUUAUACUAAGCUAAAAAGUUUAAUCGAGUAUAAACCGUAUAUAAGUUCUUCUCAUGAUAAAAAAUUUACCCUUAGCCCAAGUUGUGCAAUGAUGAAAACAUUUGGCGAAUCUUUGCGGUUCGCAGAUUUGAAUCAAUUGCAAAUUAUUGCGGAUUUUGAUUUCCAAAACUGCGUAAAACCCAUUUCGGACUUGAAAUUCUUACAACCGUUCCAGAUUGAUUAUUUCCGCGAAAGAUUGAUUUCUCUUAAAAAAGCGGGGCAUUAUUUAAAAGAAAUGGGUUCUUUAGUUUCAAAGCCGAAGACAAACGAUGAUUUUCAAUUACUUUUGAUGAUAAAUUUCACCGAUUAUGACGAAGUUUCGUUACACAGUUAUCUAGAAACUUUGUCGUUUGAGCAAUUAAAAACAGGAUUUGACAGAUUCUGUGCAGUAAACCAAAUUUCUUCGCUAAAAGAUUUGAAGUCGCUCGAAAUAGCAACUCUGGGAAACUUCAUUUGCGCGGCUGAUGUUGAAGAACUAUUUUCAGAAGAAGGGCUCGAAUUGAAAGCAAUCAAGUUUUCACUUCCAACUUUCUCAAAAUUGUCGGCUUGUGGACAUGAAAAAAUGCGGAUAAUCAAAAACCAACUGGAAAAACAAGGAUUGAUAUCGAACAAACUUGAAGAAAUGACCGAAUUUGACGUGAACGAUUACGGUUACAUUUUAUCCGGAUUCACAGCUCUAGAACUGAAUGAGAUUUCGGUCAAACGGUCUCUCGUCUUGCAGUACGCUGACGUUCCAUUUUUCAAUGCACUACCUGAUGAUGAACUGCAGGGCUUAAAGUGCACUUUUUGGAAUUCGAUUCAACCUAAAAUGCUGCAGAAGAUUCCAGAUAAGCGACUUGGCAAAUUAGGCGAAGCGGUUCAACAAUGUAUUCUGAAAAAUAUUCAUUCAGGCAUUAUUCCACGCAAACAUUUAUUGCAAAUUCAAGGCCAGUAUUUCGAAUUUGAGGGGGACGACAGCAUUGUAGAUGCAGACAAAAGUUCAAUCUCAGAAUCCGAUGAAAACUCGCAAAAAAAAUCGGGCAAAAAUUUGAAUAUUUUGACAGAAAAUGACGACUACCUGCGAUCCAAUCGUUUAACUGUCACUUAUAUAGUUUUAAACUCUUCAAAAUUGUUAAAAUUUACGGUAGAACAUUUGCUUAUAUGCUUGUUUUUAUUUAAUUUGCAUAAGUUCAGCUUCUGUUUAUUUGAUUGAUCAA